AUGAAGACGCUAUUAUUGAAACGCAUAUUGUUAGACGAACGGGUGCAGCAGAUAAAAGAAGCACCACAAGCACUAAUAGCGACCGAGUACGACGGUGUGAAAGUGAGCGUCAACCUACAAAGGGUGGAUGACCUCUGGGAGCGAUAUGAGCAGCUGCAGGAGCAGAUCGUAGAAAAGUGUGCUACGGAAGAUGAACGAAAAUCGACUACUGUCAGCAACAGUCUUCCACGUAUCGAUUUAAAGCUGCCUCGAAUGAACCUUCCGACGUUUGACGGAGAUAUACUGAAGUGGGCUUCAUUUCAUGAUCUUUUCGACAGUGCGAUUCAUCGAAAUGUAUCGCUACAAGAAAGCCAGAAACUAUACUUCCUCAAGACGAAUUUAUCAGAUGAAGCAGCUGCAUUGAUAUCACACUUUAAGAUUGAAGAUGGUAAUUACGAGCCUGCUUUAGAAAAGCUGAAACAACGGUAUAAUAAGCCACUGGAAGCUGCUGCUAACCAAAUCGAUCGCUUCCUCAACCAGACGCCAAUGAAUAGACCAUCCGCAGACGGCUUACGGCUGUUACAUGAUGUAUCGGAUGAGAUGAUACGCGCAUUGGAUGCAUUGCAACAGGACAGUCGAGACAUUUGGCUGAUACACAUACUAGUGAGCAAAUUAGAUUCGGAAACGAAGCACCUGUGGUGUCAAAAGCGAGCUGAGUGCAAUGAGAAUAAACUGACGCUAGUAAGAUUUUUGAAAUUCAUCGAUGAUCAAAGCUCUGUUUUGUUAAUGGCAAAAAGGGACUGUACUAAAUCCCGAUUUGAGAAGGAAGCACCAAGAUCUAAGGGAGUAGCUCUUGAACAACAAUCUACCCCGACGAUGUGA